UUACUCUAAGCAAAUAGGAUCGCAAGGUUAUUGGGAAAUGAAAUGGCAGCACAAAGAACACGUCCUUAGCCAUUCAAUUGGUGAAGUUUUUCUCAUUAAAAAGAAAGUGUGUGCAUGUAAGGUUUUGAUCAAAUUUUCUUUGGUACUCAGUCACAACACUAUGUAUAGAUUGAAAGUCUACAGAGAGAUGAGAGCCAGAGCUCCCCAAACGGCUUUCAAAUGGUUCGCUUCAUCAAGAUUCGUUCAUUCAUUACCUUUUGCAACUGUAAAUGCUGAAGAAAUUUCAGGUUCCAAACCAGCUGAAGUACAGAACUUGGUGCAGGGCGAAUGGACAGGAUCCUCUAAAUGGAAUACGAUUCUCGAUCCUUUAAAUGGGGAAUCAUUCAUUAAAGUUGCGGAAGUAGAAGAAACAGGAAUCCAGCCAUUUGUGGAGAGCCUGUCAAAGUGUCCCAAACAUGGUCUACACAACCCGUUCAAAGCCCCAGACAGGUAUCUUAUGCUCGGAGAUGUAUCUGUAAAGGCAGCUCACAUGCUUUCCCUGCCAAAGGUUUCCGAUUUCUUCUGCAAAUUAAUACAGAGGGUGGCUCCGAAGAGCUACCAGCAGGCUCAUGGUGAAGUUUAUGUUACUCAAAAAUUUCUGGAGAAUUUUGCUGGUGAUCAGGUUCGUUUCCUGGCUAGGUCUUUUGCAGUACCUGGGAAUCAUCUUGGGCAGCAAAGUCAUGGUUUUCGUUGGCCUUAUGGUCCUACAGCAAUAAUUACUCCUUUCAAUUUUCCUUUAGAGAUUCCCGUGCUUCAAUUGAUGGGUGCACUAUAUAUGGGAAAUAAGCCUGUUCUAAAAGUUGAUAGCAAGGUAUGCAUUGUUAUGGAACAAAUGCUUCGGUUGCUCCACGAAUGUGGGUUACCUGUGGAGGAUGUUGACUUCAUCAAUGCUGAUGGGAAGACGAUGAACAAGCUAUUAUUGGAGGCAAAUCCACGGAUGACUCUCUUUACUGGUAGCUCAAGGGUGGCAGACAAGUUGGCCGUUGACUUAAAGGGGCGCAUCAAAUUGGAAGAUGCAGGAUUCGACUGGAAGAUCUUGGGGCCAGAUGUCCAAGAGGUGGAUUAUGUCGCAUGGGUCUGUGAUCAAGACGCAUAUGCUUGUAGUGGUCAAAAGUGCUCGGCACAAUCAAUUCUUUUUAUGCAUGAGAACUGGUCUAAGAGUUCACUGUUAAGUCAAAUGAAUGAUCUUGCUGCAAGAAGAAAAUUAGAUGAUUUAACUGUUGGCCCUGUUCUUACAUUCACAACUGAAGCAAUGUUAGAGCACGUGAAUAAAUUGCUUCAGAUACCGGGAUCAAAGGUACUCUUCGGAGGCGAAGCUUUAAAAGACCAUUCUAUUCCUUCAAUAUAUGGUGCUAUAAAACCGACUGCUGUUUUUGUUCCGAUAGAAGAAAUGCUGAAGGACAGCAAUUAUGAGCUUGUAACAAGAGAAAUUUUUGGACCAUUCCAGGUUGUUACCGAGUACAAGGAUCAUCAGCUCCCAAUGGUAUUGGAUGCCCUUGAAAAGAUGCAUGCCCAUUUAACAGCUGCUGUUGUUUCAAAUGAUGUGCUGUUUCUGCAGGAAGUUAUUGGAAAAUCAGUUAACGGAACUACCUAUGCUGGAUUAAGAGCAAGAACAUCGGGGGCUCCACAAAAUCACUGGUUUGGGCCGUCUGGAGAUCCAAGGGGAGCGGGAAUAGGGACUGCUGAAGCAAUAAAGCUUGUUUGGUCAUGCCACAGAGAAAUCAUAUAUGAUAUUGGUCCCUUGCCACAAAAUUGGGAAACCCCUGCUAGUACCUAACUCACGGCAUAGACAAAGACCCAUAAAGGAAAUCGACGAGAGAGAGAGAGAGGGAAAAAAAAGAGAGUAAGUGAAAAAAAAGAAGUGGUGGGUGGUUAACAAUCACAGAGAAAUGAGUCAAUGACAUUCAAACAUCAAAGCAUGUUCUUUGAUCCGGGAAAAAAUAAAAGGAAAUUUUGUUUUGGGAUUUCCUGUUAAUUCAAAGUUUAUUUUAUUUU